AUGGAACAUGAUCCUGUGCAUCUGCUAAUGAAGAAGCUGAAAAUUUUGUAUAAUAUUAGUAUGACGAACUCAGAUGAGAUUUUCGGCAAAGAAAUAGAGUUGUUGAAGAAACAGAUUAACCAGCUGCACCAACAUGAAAACGAGACCGCAAACGAGUCAACCAAGAAGACCAUUUUUGGAGUGGAUAAAGACGAUCUGGAUAACUACGAUACAGACUUCACCGACCUGAGAAAGGCCAAAGUUGAGUGA